UUGGCUGGGGAAGCGAUCAAGGGAUUGGAGGGUUUGGAGAGGAACCAGGAAUUAAAGCGCAGCUAACGAACCUUAUUCGAUCUAUACGAACCGUUAUGAGAGUGCCAUUAAUAGGAGUGAACUCAGUUACAAUCAUUCUCCUCCUGUUGUUUGGUUGA